CCCCUACCCCGUCCCUUUCCGAGAUCCUAGAGUCCCUCCUCAUGACCCUGAACCUCCCGCAGCACCUGCACAUGAUCGCUACUUGGGCCCUUCCUUUCCUGAAGGGGAUGAUCAAACAGUGGCUGGCCCAAUGGCCAUGCUUAAGCAUGAUGGUCCGAUUGGACGAUUAAUUCCUCCGAUUCCCACCAUCAUACAGUGGAACUGUAGGAGUUUGCUUGGUAAGCUAGACUCCUUUAAAGCAUUAGUGGGCGAGCACAACUGUGAUGUGUUCGCCCUCUGUGAAACUUGGCUAUCGGAAGACAUUAAUCUUACCUUCCCCGGAUAUAAUAUAAUCCGUGAAGAUCGCAUUACAAGGGGUGGAGGGGUACUGAUUGGUGUUCGAAAGAGUCACACUUUCACCAGAAUACCCACCCCUAGACAAGAUAUUAUCGAAACUGUCGCAGUCAAGGCAAAACUUGGCGAUCUUCACGUGACAAUUACCUCAAUUUAUAUCCCCCCGAUAGCCAACAAUGAAAAGGAAAAAAUUGAAAAGUUCAAAGAGGAUCUUGGAAAUUUAGCAGUGGUCUUGCCUGGACCACUUUUGAUCCUGGGAGAUUUCAACUCUCACGGAGUCGACUGGGGCUGCGAUAAGGAUGACAUUCGCGCUCCUAUUAUCCGAGACAUCUGCGACAGAUUUGGGUUUUCAAUUCUCAACUCAGGAGAGGCAACUAGGAUGCAGACACCUAAGAGUAGGGCGAGUGCACUGGACCUGUCUCUAUGUCCAUCAGCGAUGGCCCUGGAUUUUAGUUGGAAGGUGAUCCAGGACCCUAUCGGCAGUGAUCACUUGCCGAUAGAAAUUUCCUACAUCAAGGGAGGAUGUCCAGUAGGUGGAAUCCCCGUUAAAUGUGACUUAACGAGGAACAUCGACUGGACAAGAUACGGUGAAUUAGUAGCCGCUUCGCUUUCUCUUGACUUGGAAGAUUUGUCUCCAGUUCAGGAGUACGAAAAACUUGUUUCAAUUAUAAACAAGUGCGCUCUUGAGGCCCAAACAAGGCGCUCCCACCAAGCAAGGACAUUCAAAAAACCUCCCACUCCUUGGUGGGACAAGGAUUGCCAAGCGGCUUUUAAUAAGAAGCGGGAGGCAUUUAAAGCAAAGAUUAAGGAGGAAAUGCCUUACUAA